GGCUACGGGGGUUGGGGGAAGGACGAGGUCACGUGACGCGGCCCGCGCGUGCUUGUGUGCUCGAGACGCUGACGGAGGCGUCCGCGGUGAUGUGGACCGGUUCGUGUGCCCACAGUUGAGGAGCUUUUGCGUUUUUGAGAUUAGCGUUUGGCAAGGCUCAAGCUCACGCAGGAAUUGAAACGCGCUCACGUGCGCUCCUUGCCCGUCCUCCGCGGGUAACCAAGCACGAGUUGGUGGUGGCGGUGGCGACGGUGCUCGCCCGUGACUGCAGCUGAAUGGCGUUCAUGAUGAAGAAGAAGAGAUAUCGCUUCCAGGUGGUUCUCGAGCUCGACGAGCUCUCGCACAUUCCCUUCCUCAACGCCGUGCUCUUCUGCAAGCUGAGGCUGCUCGACGGCGGAAACUUCACGGACUACUCUUCCAGGGAGGAGGUUCGUGAGAACUGUGUCCGGUGGAAGAAGAAGUUUGAGUUUGUGUGCAAGAUGACGGCCAGCCCUACCAGUGGAGUUCUGGACCACUGUGUGUGUCGCGUGUCCAUCCGCAAGGAACUUAAAGGAGGGAAGGCAUACAGCAAGUUGGGUUUUGCCGACCUGAAUAUGGCAGAGUUUGCCGGCUCGCGCUGCACAACUCGCCGUUGCCUUCUCGAGGGAUACGACACCAAGAACGCACGGCAGGACAACUCCAUUCUCAAGGUCAUUAUUGGGAUGACUCUACUGUCUGGAGACCCUUGCUUCAAAACGCCUCCUGCACCCAUGCCGCUGUCAGUGUCCGGAGAGGAUUCCGGCACGCUGCAGCUCGAGAGCAAGGGCCCCGGCGAUGAUGGCAGCAGCACCCCGGGCUCCUUGGCGCAACGGCAGAGCAAGAGUCGGCCCAGUGUGUUGCCUACAGCAGGAAAGUGGUUGAAGAAUAAAGAUCUUGCCAAAAUGAAUAUGUUGUGUGCAGAUGAACCCUUUCAAGCGGGACAUGUCCGCAGCUCCAGCUCUGCCAGCCAGCAUUCCCGAAUCUCAGCAGGGUACAGCACGGAGCACUCGCGCGCCUCCAGCCUAGGCGACCUCACACACCGGCGCAACACAUCCGGGGACAGCAGCGCGUCCACGGGCAUCGGCAGCAUGCCAGACAGCAUCAACCAGGAGCGAGUGAAGCCACCACGGCCCCCGCAGCCCGCCGACAGGUACAGACGCAAGGACUCUGUGGAGAACGAGCUGAAGCGGUUUGACGCUACGAGGGUGGACGCGGAUGAUAUCGUGGAGCAGAUUCUGCAGACGCAGGACUUCACGGCUGACCCCAACACAGAAGAUGAGGGCCUCAGGCUCUUUGUGAAGAGGGAUGGAACCACGGGGCUGAAAUAAUAAAAAAGGAUCCAGCCAAGAAGAAAAAAUGUGCAGCAAAAUGUCCACGUUGGUCACGCUCUGGAGUGUACAUAACACGCCUGGGGCCAGUGACGUUAGUCUGGGAGAGACGAUGACUUUGGAGCAUCGUGGCGUGGCGUGGCGGUUGCUGCGUGUUAAGCAUCAUCCUGCUCAGACGACUACGUAGGCCCUGGCAUAAUGGGGGCAUUGAUACAAAUGUUGAGCCACCACAUCAAAUGAACAAAAAUAGCACGGGAUAACUUGAAUGCCACUUUAUUGUACAAACUGAGCCUGCUGGAGUUUUUAUUUUUUUCAAUUUUUAUUUUAGCCUUCCUGCUGCAGAUGACAUCCAUAAAGUUGAUUGCAUUACUGAGCUCUUCAUGCAGCACAAAUUACAACUGUAUUGGGCGUCGCGUGUGCUGUUGGCACAGAAAAGGCUAGAGUUGGCUCACUUUUGUUACUCACAAAGGAGCUAAAGUGACUCCUUGAAUCCCUAAUCGAAUGCUGCAUGUUUUUUUUAAAUUAAAACAAUGUGGCAUGAUGUUUACCGUUCGCCGCACCAUUGCUUAGUUGUAAGCUGGACACGUCGACAUGAGUAUUUACAAUGUGUGUGCAUUUUAGUUUUUUCAAGUGGUGCUGUGUUGUCACGUGCUGCAGAAAACGUCAACAAAUUCGAUGUGUCAGUUUAUCCUGAUUGUGCUUUUAGAGUCAUCGGCAAAGCGCGCGCAUCGGUGACCGUGACGACAUGGCUUUGUUUAGCGAGUCAAGUAAUUUUGCAGGUGUGGCUUUUAUAUGACUUACAAAUAUGAUUUCUGAAUGAUGGACACAGGAAAAAUCUGAUUUGUUAAACCUUGACGGUAAUUCCACCUCGUGUUGCAGUAUUAUGAAUAUAAACCAAUUGACUAGUUGUUAUGAUGUGCAAAUGCUUUUACAAUUAAAACGUGUUGGGAUUCCUCCCUAUAAAACUGCAUCAACAACAGAUUUGUGUAUGUCCUGAUAAUGGAAUCAAUGUAUUUUUGCCUAAUCACUUGUAUUUUCCUUUUAUUACUACGAUAUUUUUUCAACAAUCGUGAUCGUCUUGACAUUCUUAAGCUGAUAGCUGAAAAUGUUAAGUAUUUUUUUAAGUAGCUUGUGAACAUCGUAAAACGCAUUGUAUAGCUAUGGGUACACUGCACAUUUUUUGGGCACAAUUCAUGGCUUGUGAUCCGGUCAAGGGGGCGAGCAAUAUUUGAAAAUGUCUUUGAAAUGAGAAUAUUCAAAUUAUAACCACGCCAUUGUUCUUUAUCUCACUUAGUAUAAUGAUUAAACUUGGUACAUUUGUCUUACUGGCUGAGGCACUGACAUGAAUAGCAGUAGAAAUAGCCCGAGAAGUUCAGUUUUAGCUGAUUGAAUCCAAUUGCAGUGUUGACCGGAUUUCGAGCUGUUUGCGUGUGCCAACUUAGCAUCAUGUGUCUUGGGAUUCAUGAUUAAUUUUAUAUUGCUGCCAUGUGACCAGCGGGCUGGUUGCCUCUUUCUGGAAAAUGUAGUUGUUUUUUUUGUUUACUUGAUGUACGUACGUACCUUAGCUAGUAGUGAAAUAUUUUUUUGCAGUCUUAUAAAAUUCAGGGUUUAAUAAAAAACAAAACUCGAGCAUAGUUUUUUCCCCCCUCCAAAUCUCGGUGAAAAUCCUGACAAAUCUGGCACCUCCCCAGCCUGUGGAAGACGUGGGAUGUUGUGCCAUUUUUUUGGGUGAUUUGGGGUAAUUUUUGGGGAUUUUUUUUUAUACAACUUUGGACUUUGCUGAACCAAAAUUAUUUGGGACACAUGAACAGCUGACACUUGAGUGCAUGGUAUACAUUAAGUACACUCAUGAUGCAAACUAAAAAAAUGAGCCAUGUCCCUGUUGGGCAAGUGUUUUACAAUUUAAAUACUGGAAGACCACUAUUGUUUUGUCUGAAUCGUAGCCUAUUAUAGAAAUUGCUGCUCGUUGAGUUUUUUUGUGCAUUACAUGUAAUAAAACUUGCACACUAAAACAAUACAUAAGUACACAUUUCCAACUUUGCUAUUUUUAUCCGCAGACAUAAAAUGCACUCCAAACGCUCUUUUCCCCAUUGUAAAAGGACUGUAUCCUGUCAAUGCUCGCGUAAAGUGUUUUGAAAUGUUCAUGUUAAUGCGUGUUGCACCUUUCAUCGUGCCAUAGUGAAGCAUUGCCAGUGUCGGUUCUUUAUGAGUGUUAUUUUUGCGAACAAGAAAAAUGGAACUUAUUCCCUUGUGUUUAGAAGAGCAUUCUUGCAUGGUCCAAAAUGCAUCGGCAUGUUAGUGUACGUUUCCAAAGGUCAACGUGUUUCCCUUUUUUUUGUAUAAAACAUUUAGAAUUUU